AUGAUUUGCAAUCGUUACAAAUUAUCAUUAAAUCAAAUUUCAUCAGAAUAUGUUAAAAUCUCAAAGGAAAAUAAUUCACAUGCAUUAUCACAAGCAUUUGUGAUAGAUCUGAAGCAGUUGGAUCAAAGCCUUUUGAUAUGUAGAAGCAUACGUACAUGCACACAAAUGCUAAACUUUAGCUUUUCAUUGUUGUUCAUAACUUCAUAUUUUCAAACUGCACUAUUCAUCAUCAAACAUAGUUCAACUCAUUUCAAUUUUAGAAUCGACUUUGAUGAUGCUUCAGCUCGAGCAGGAAAGUUAGCAAAGUCUGCUGUACUAGCUGCGUUAGAAGAGGAAGAACGUGAGAAACGUGGACAAAAACCUGAGUCGAUAGAGUUAAGUUAUGUUGAAAGAUGCACGCAAUAUUGUAGAUUUGAAUGCAUUUGCGUACCAAAACGUUAUUUCACUUUUAUUUGCAUAAUCAAUUUGAAUUUUGCUUUAGUUAUACGCGUUGCAAUGUUGAAUAAGUUUACACAUCAACAACGACGACAUAAUGUUUGA